AUGCAAUCCGACGACCUCCCAUGGCCAGAACUUGGCAAUGUCUCCCGUGGCGCCACCAGGGGCAAUCAAGGUCAAAAAGGUGCUUUGGGCCCUCCUGAUGCCGAAGGUCGUUGUGUGCUCCAGCUACGAGUUCAACCCGGCGUGCUGGCUGUGAAGCUAAACCGACGUUCAAGCGAUUGGUAUCGAACCCUCGACAAUGAAGUCAACCGCGCCCUGAAAUUGACAAAAACGUACUGGAGAAAAGCAAGAAGACGUCAAGACUAUGACGCUCGCGCAGACCAAGACCACAUGGAAUUGCAUGAGUGGUUGCAACAGCUCAAGGAUAAGACAAUGUCACAUCUAGAGGUCCUUAUGCAGAAAGGCGACAUUCAGGGCCCCCCAUACGUGAUGCCUGACGAUAUCGAGCUCGCCUUUCUGAGGAAGUUUAUUGAGCGACACAAUGCAGGCAUCCCCCACAACCCCCGAUUGCGACAUCUCGGUCCCAACGCUCCCCAGCUUCCACCCAUCGACGACUCCAUGGAGGUCUCAACACCUGAACUAUCCGAAGGGAGUUAUCCGCCCUCCAGUUUAGUGGAUCAUAUCGCUCGAUUGCAGCCAGAAAGUGGUUCAAAUGUUUCAAGUCCAAAUUAUGUGCACUCACCGGGCACAUCUCGCCCACAUGUCAUUCGAACAUCCUCCUCGCCUUCAACAGCGACGUACGAGCAACUCCUACAAGACGCGCAGUCAUCUGGCCAAUACCUUCAAGAAGCACGGACAACGCUCGCGCGCGCGCAGUCACAGACACAAGAUGCGUUUCAACGGUAUACUGUUUGUCUGGAAGCGGAAGCCCGUGCUAGGCGGGAUGUCAACGCCGCCGAACAGCAUCGUGACGAACUCAUGACGGCUCUUCUCUCUAGAACUCAGAGUUCAACAGAUUACUCGCGGCAGUCAUCACUACCCCAUGAUGAUACUUCUAGUCAACAAGACCAUUCAUAUUCGUCUCAUCAUCUUGUCGACCGGAGACCCUCAGCUGACAUGGUACCAUCACAAAAUAGUCCCAGAGUUGACUGGCGUCAGCCAGAUAUGACAGGGUCGUUCACUGGGGCACUCGAAGCAAUCCCACAAUCUGAGAUGCGAUCAUCAAGAGAUCCAUCCUACAGGCCAGAGCGCAAGCACUCGCGGAACUGGGAGGAGGGUGGUCAGGUUGACGAACCUGGUCCUGAGAAGACGACAGACCUUCAGGAUUCAAAUCUGCCACCACGCAAGCGUUUGCAUCACAUAAUAAAUCCAUCUGGUCACAGCGCACCUUUGAUAUCUCAGGCCAUAGCACUGCCUCUACGACUCUGA